AUGUUGUUUCUUAUGACAACUUGCAUCCUACCAAUUCUAUUUAUGGUCAUUUUCGGUAUUUUAACAUUUCUCAAUGUUCGGCAAAUUCGAAAUCGUGUCGGCCCACAAGAAGAUAGGACAAGAAACGAUCAACUGCGCUUCAAUGAUCGUCAAUUGAUUCGAAUGCUUUUAACUCAAGUAACGAUUACUACUCUGCUUGCGAUUCCAUAUUGUUGUGUCAGAAUGUUCAGUACAUUUGGAUUGACAUUUCUUAAACUACAAUUUUCGCCACAGGAUCGAGCGAUUUACAAUCUAUUCUGGUAUAGUACUCGAACACUUUAUUACACUAAUUGUGUGAUUGGAUUUUACGUAUACACUCUUAGCAGUUCAAAAUUCAAUGCUGAAUUUAAACGUUGUACUCGAUAUGGAUUUAAAAAGAUUUUAACAGCAACAGGCCUAGUCAAAUGCCUGUCGAUGCGAACUCAUCAAUCACUGACUAAUGGAAGUCAGAUCGAUGGGAACAUUCGAUCUUUAAAGGCAACUGAAGCCACAAAUCGAAAUCCUGUUGCUCUGAAACAACGAAUAAUAGCUGGAACAACUAAUGUAUAA